AUGCGAUGCGCGAGCAAGGCCGCUGAGAGCGCGUCCGCACGUCUCUGUGCGGACGCCGAAGCAGAAACCACAGCAACUGAUGUCUCAUCGGUUGCUGAAGCGACUCAGCCUGUGUCACUUGGUGAUGCAGGCGCUAGUCAUGAAGACACUCAUGUCUUCACAGAGUAUGAGCUCGGUGUCUCAUACUCUCCUGAUACGGAAGACGGAUCCGUAUCGACGGCGAUUGAAUCCAAGCCGCCUGCCAAGCGUGGCAUGGACGAUGCUUUGCGUCGUAGCAUCUUCGGUUCAUCUGAUGAAUCAGAUGAACCAUCGCCGAAGUGA